CUCUCCUGUCCUCUGCAUUUCAUAUGGGACUGUGCAGAUUGAGUAAAGCAGAUACUACACAGCAGCCAGCAAAAACAUUCAGAGGUGGAGACUCUGAAAAGUGAAUUUCACAAAAAAGAUCUGAACCUGAAGGAAGUAGAGUUAUCUAGCUUAAAGACAAGACUCUUCAGUCAGGAUGAUGGGAGUGUGUCGAUGCGUGCUUGUAGUGUUGGCGUUGCUGUGUCUCUGGGUUCCAGCUGAGGCUAUAGGAGGGGCCAGAAGUCGACCAAAACCUCAAAGGCGACCUCCGACGAAGCCAAAGGAUAACCCGUUGGACUCGACUCCACCUCCUCAGAAUAUAGACAUACAUCGGAUGACAGGAACGUGGUACCUCCUUAACGCUGCUUCAAAGUGCUCCUACCUGAUCACACGAGGAACCAGUGUGGAGCCAACUGUCAUAACCCUCACAGGUCCCUCUGACUCUGACCAAACCCUGUCUGUUAGUACAAAAACCCGACAUAAUCAUCAGUGCUGGGAGAUUUUACAGGUCUAUCAUCUAACCUCAACUCCGGGAAAGCUGACACUUAAAGGAGCUCGUCCUGAGCUCAACACCGACAUCGUGAUUGGAGAAACGGACUACACCGGCUAUGCAGUCCUGUACUACCAGAAACAGGGCAGAAUCACAGCAAAGCUCUACAGCAGGUCCGUGGACAACCUAUCGGAACCAGUCCUGGCCAAAUUUGAACAGCUUGCUGAGAAACACAGUUUGGGGCUGGCCUACCUAUUCCCUUUCCCCACAUACAGUCACUGUGGCAAUGUGGACCAGGACCAUAUAAUCAACUGUGUUCCCACUUGCUGAAGAGGAGGAGCGCUCCCCAGCCAGUCGACGGAGCUGACUGAACCUCCGCCUUAAAACAGGAACUUACUUUGGAAGAGGAUCAAGCUAAAAAUAAAAAUACCAUGGAAAAAAAUUAAUUUACUGUCAGAUACUUUGGGUUUCGUAGUUUGACUUUGUGCUUCUGGCAUGCAAAUAGGCGUUAAAAACACGGCUUGAUGUUGGAGCUGGAGAUAAUAAAGGCCAGGUUUGGAUUUGGUUGUGAAACGAGGUUCCAAGUAUGCCCACUCCAGUGUGCUGCUCCUCGUUCCACCCGGCACACAUUUGGUAAUUUAUAUGUGUGUGUGUGUGUGUGUGUUAUGCAACCAGCCGAUUGCAAGUCAGUUCCUGCCUGCUCUACUUACAAAAGCAACUCUGAUUCGGCGAACAUCUGCACAAAGCUCACAUAAUUUGUUAAAUUCCGUUUAAAUCCAUGAAACAAAAACCACCUAGUCCCCUGUUACACAUUUUCCUCAUACUUUCAAAACUUUUAUGAAAUUAUAAGCAUUCUAAAAUCAUUUUAUGCAGAAUUUUCUAUUGGUUCUUUGUUCGCAGCUCGUUUUUGGCUAUGGGGAGACAUUCUGCUUUUACCUAGCAGAUGUUCUGCUUAGUUUAGUCAUUCCUGAGCUGUAAAAAAUAAAAGCUCAAUUCUUGAUA